AUGUCGAACAGAACCUCCAAUACAACCGUCGAACCUAGAGGUUCAGAAGUUGAGAAUAGAGAAAAUGUGCUAUUGUUAAGAAGACAAUCGGUUCCAGAACAUGAGCUGAACCCACAAGAGAGAACCAAAGCGACGCAAAAGAAGAAAAAGAAGAAGCCAAAGGUCAGAUGGACAGAGGAUGUGGUCGAUAACGAAGAUAUGAACAAAAAGAAAACAAAAAUCUGUUGCAUUUUCCAUCCUCAACGAAACUUCGAUGAUGGAACCGAUUCUGACCAUUCGCAUUCCGACUCCGAUUCAUCGUCUGAUUCUUCGGGAGACGAACGAGGAGGACAUGAAGGAAGCAGCAGAGGACCCGAUGGUGGUAACGAUAGCAAGAAAAUUGUCGAUGGAGUCAAGAAAGAACCCAUUCCCAAUGCGUAUGAAUACCAGCCUGUUUAUAAAAAUGAAUCGAAGUUGCCUCCAGGGAUCAACGAUGAGAGAUGA